GCGUAUUUCUAAAGCCUUUUUUUUUCUCCGAAAUCUCCGGAAAAAUAAGACUUUCCUCGCCCGACUCCGCCUCUCGCUCUCUCCGAUGGCGCUCUCCGCCGGAAUCCCUGGCCAGCUCCUAUGCCACCUGCGCUGCACAGAGUCCCGCAACACCGCCGCCCUUCGUUCAUCCGUCAGGUUACCCCGCGAUCUCAAUCGCAGGAAUCUAACUCGCAUUCGUUUGUCGGCUACUUCAGCAGCUCCAGCAUCUGGUAGCUUUGCCCCUGCAAUUUCAUUAACUGAAAAAGCAUUAAACCAUCUGAGUAAAAUGAGAUCUGAACGUAAUGAAGAUCUGUGCUUGAGAAUUGGAGUGAAGCAAGGUGGAUGCUCUGGCAUGUCAUACACUAUGGAGUUUGAAAACCGUGCCAACACACGACCUGAUGACUCAGUGAUAGAAUACAAUGGUUUUGUGAUUGUUUGUGAUCCCAAGAGCCUACUCUUUGUGUACGGCAUGCAGCUCGACUUCAGUGAUGCACUCAUAGGUGGAGGCUUCUCAUUUAAGAACCCGAAUGCAACACAAACUUGUGGCUGUGGCAAAUCCUUUGCCGCUGAAAUGUAAGCUCACAUGACCGACUCCCCACAGCAUGCAGUUGCUCUGAUAAAAGCAUCUAUAAACUUGACAUAGGAGCACGAUUUUUACUAAUCCUCUCUAUAUCUCUCUUCUUUCUGCUGUGACUUUUCUCCUCAAGAUAAUUCACUGUAAGUUGACA